AUAUCAUCCGCAUCCGCCACCCAAGAUCCCCCGGCUUGUUUGCAGCAGUUCACGACUGGUAGGGUUCCGGCAAGCUCAACACCAAGACUUAUCACACAUUAUGGCUUCACCGGUCCCGAUCCAGCGUCUCCAGGCGCCUUUGCGGAGGUCUCUUGCGCGUGCCGCCGCCCUGUCGACUCGGUCAUACGCCACCAUCCCAUCUGGCCCAUCCAGCCAGCCGACAUCGCAAGAGUCAUCAUCAGCUGCAUCCGCAUCCGCGCCCGCAACCAAGCCGCGCCCGACCUACUUCAAGGACACCACUCUCGCUUCCCUCGACGACUUUAUCGCAAGCCAAUCGUCAGCCGCUCCUCUCGCACCCAGCGAAGCUUACACCCUGCGCACAGCCGAAGUCGGACCCGCCGGCAAGAAGCGUACCAUCACCCGCUUGCCUGAAUGGCUCAAGACACCCAUCCCGAGUGCUGGCGCGAACCCCGAAUUUGCCAAGAUCAAGGCCGACCUGCGCGGUCUCAAUCUUCACACAGUAUGCGAGGAGGCUAGGUGUCCCAACAUCGGCGAGUGCUGGGGCGGCUCUAACAAGGCCGCCGCGACGGCCACCAUCAUGCUCAUGGGCGACACCUGCACCCGUGGCUGUCGCUUCUGCAGCGUCAAGACAAGCCGCAAGCCGCCUCCGCUGGAUCCUCACGAGCCCGAGAACACCGCUGAGGCUCUGGCCCGCUGGGGUCUCGGUUAUGUUGUGCUGACGAGUGUCGACCGUGACGAUCUGGCCGAUGGUGGUGCCCGGCACUUUGCAGAGACGAUUCGCCGGAUCAAGCAAAAGAAGCCGACCCUGCUUGUCGAGGCCUUGACCGGUGACUUUGCUGGUGACUUGGACAUGGUCAAGAUUGUGGCGGAGAGCGGACUGGAUGUGUAUGCGCAUAACGUUGAGACUGUUGAGAACUUGACACCUUACGUGCGUGAUCGCCGUGCCACAUUCCACCAGAGUUUGAAGGUGUUGGAGCACGUUAAGAAGGUCCGGGGCAAGGAAGGCAUUAUCACCAAGACCAGCAUCAUGCUUGGUCUGGGUGAGACUGAGGAGGAGCUCUGGGAGGCUUUGAGGGAAUUGAGAAAGGUCGACGUCGAUGUCGUUACCUUUGGACAGUACAUGCGCCCAACCAAGAGACAUCUCGCGGUCGAGAAGUACAUCACUCCCGACGAGUUCGAGCUCUGGAGGCAGCGUGCCCUUGACAUGGGCUUCCUGUACUGCGCUAGUGGUCCUCUGGUCCGUUCUUCAUACAAGGCCGGCGAGGCUUUCAUCGAGAACGUCUUGAGAAAGCGCUCCGGCGAGAAGGCUGUCUCUAAGGCUCUUGGUCAGGCGGUUGCCGCCGGGGAGGCGACUAGCGCCCAGUCCCCUUGAGGCAGCUUGUGUUAGAUGUGGUUUGCGGAGCGUGUUUCAACAUUCAUAAUCGGGAUCUAGGCUUUCACAGCUAUCCUAUGGCGGGUAACAUAAUAGACGGAUGACGGAUCGGUCAUUAGGCACCUUGGGGGUCGCAUGCGUUUUGGCGUUAGGGGAGAUUCAUUCUUUCGGUUACUUUGAAAAAAAAAACAUUCAUUCGUUUGCCGUGUCUGAAUAUAAUAUUGUAACAACAGUUCUACACAGGGGGCAUCGGGAGAGAGAUUCCCAUGUCCAAAAGGAUGCAUCAUACAAACUCCCUCAGCCCACUAAAAAGCUUUUGAAGCACUCCUCAUCGUGCGAUCACUUACUUGUACGGGUAUCUCAAAAACCCUGCGUACAGUGAUGCUUUCUUACCAACACGAUGACCCGAGCCCAUCUGGGUUUUGAAAAGAGUUUAUUCGCCUCUGGGCGUACCGACACCAUCUCCAAACCACAACAAACCUCUGGGUUCCUUGUAGCCAUGCUCUCUUUUACCAAGAGGCCUUCUUGACACCCGGAAUGUUACCCAUCAGGGCGUUCAUACGGAAAUUGUA